AUGGACUCUGACGAGGAGUACGCCGUUGAUGAGCAAAGUGUCGCCGAACAUGAAUCCGAUUUUGCAUAUACAGAGUUGGAUGAAGUCCAGGGAGUUUACUCGACCGUGAACCAGAGUGAUAGGGAGAGCUCAUACCUUCCAAGCGAUCAAUCCAUCGAUCUCAGGACAAGACAAGCCUUAUCUCAAGAUGAGCGAGAGGGCAGUCGGUCGCCUUUGAAGCGGCCGGCCAAACAAGCUCGGGUACAUCGGCCGUUCAAACGGCAAAAGGGUAUAUUGAAUACCGAGUAUAUCGACCUUCUCAAUCGAGACAUCGAUGACGCCGCCCACCGGGUGUGUUUGGAUGAAACCGUGGACUUGCCCGGUUCUCAGCUCGGGCUCACCACUUGGUCAGCUGUAGAGAAGCAACAAUUUUUUGAAUCUUUAUCACGUCUGGGAAGGUACGACUUACCUGGAAUCGCAGCCAGAAUCGGUACCAAGAGUGAAAUCGAGGUCAAGCAGUACAUCCAUUUGUUGCACACAACCCAAGAACGCAGGGCGGAUUUCAACCGUCGAUCAUAUCUGGAGUCAGCAGAAUAUCCGGCAGCCGUUGAAAUCAGCCAACAAUGCUGCCAUGCCCAGGAGGAGGUCGCAGAUGCGAUUUCUGUGCGCCAAGAACGGAGCGAGCAGCAACGAGAGGCGAAAAAAUGGGGAGGGAACUGGGAUAUUACGCCUUCCAUUGCGCGAAGAUUAACUCGUCGCGGCGAGGAGGGAGUUUCGACAUCCGAGUCGACGUUGAGAUUCGCUCAGCUGUUUCACUUGUCCAAUUGGCUAAAGCUGUCAGAACGGGUAUUUAUGAAUUCCUCGAUUCCUGGAAGCAACUGGAACAACAUCGACGAUAGACACCCGUCAAUGUGGGCAACCGCUCUCGACGACUUUCACUCACUCGCUGUAUCCGUCACUCGGCGGCUCGUUCAAUCAACUUUGUUCAUUAGCAUGUCUAGAAUCCGAGCGAAGAAAGAGCUCAUCCCUACCACCCGGGAGAUUGUGCGGGCAAAAGAUGUUGAAGCUGCGGUGGCCUCGCUCGGCAUGAUGCACAACUCGAACAAUUUGUGGAUUAAAGCCGCAAGAAGAUUGCGGUUGGAUGUGUAUGAAGAACCGCCAGAUAGAGACGACGAGGAUAUCGAAGAGGAGCCCAUGGAUUAUGAGGAGGUUGAAGCUGCCCUCUCUGGUGACACCAAUGCAGAUGAAUCCCGUUCCCCCCAGGGGAGAAUUCUCAAAAUAGAAGGUCUCUCCGGUGACGAUCUGGACGAUGACGACGAAGAAGACAAUUACGACACAGGCGUCGAUUCCGAAGGGGGUUUUAAACAGGAAAUAGACGAAGAAGAAGAUGAAAUCACACACGAAGCGAAUGAGAUUCUGUGGUAUUCUGCCCCCGAGUUGAAAGAUAUACAAGCUGCCAAGGAGGCGCUCAAGCUGCGAAUCACCAUGGAGAGGAAGCAAGAAGCGGAAGCUGCGUUACAUGACGAAUAUGCAAGCUACCAAGCAGAGAUGGAAAUGUGGAAUAUUCUGCAGAAACGGCCACCGAUGGAACCGCCCAAAGUGCAGGAUCCAGGGCGCGUGCAUAGAUCAAACGUGGGCGUGGAGGAUGUCUACCCUCUUGGAAGAAAUUGGGCUACCAAGUUGGAGUAUUAUGGAGAAUGGGAGACGUUGGAUACCGAGAAGCAGAAGGAGUAG